GGUCGGCCGCCCAGUUCUGCGGUUUCUGCGGCGGCUGGAGAGGUGGUCGGGGAAGUAGGAACCUACUGCCAGGCUCGUGGCGGUUUCUUUCCGCUCCGCGGCGGGAAACGCCUUCCCCACAGGUAGUGGGUUAGGGAGGGCAGGGUUAGGGAGGGAAGCAGGACCGCUCUCCCUGCCGCCUCUUCGGAGUCUGGGUGCGUUGGUCGGGUAGUCUCUGAGGGCCCGUCGCUCCUGGGAUCGGCCCGUUACCGACCGUUGCCGGCAAGGCCCCGCGGCCGGCACCGGAGAAGGGCGGCGAGGCGGCCGGGAAGGUCUCGUCCCGCGCGGGAGGCUCGUCGUCCACGGGGCGCCCACAGAACCCACCUAGGAGAGGUCCUCAGCCCACCACCGUGUUUUCAGCCAGGUGAAUGUCUUAAAGCAUCCAAUAGCGCCCUGACAUCAAUGCAAGCUUGAAUAAGAAAAGCAAAUUCUUCCUCCUAAGCCAUGGCAUAUCAGUUAUACAGAAAUACCACUUUGGGAAACAGUCUUCAGGAGAGCCUAGAUGAGCUCAUACAGUCUCAACAGAUCACCCCCCAACUUGCCCUUCAAGUUCUACUUCAGUUUGAUAAGGCUAUAAAUUCAGCAUUGGCUCAGAGGGUCAGGAACAGAGUCAAUUUCAGGGGCUCUCUAAAUACGUACAGAUUCUGCGACAAUGUGUGGACUUUUGUAUUGAAUGAUGUUGAAUUCAGAGAGGUGACAGAACUUAUUAAAGUGGAUAAAGUGAAAAUUGUAGCCUGUGAUGGUAAAAAUACUGGCUCCAAUACUACAGAAUGAAUGGAAAAAAUAUAGCUUUUUUAUGCCAUCUUCUGUUAUUCAUUGCUUUUGAAGAGAAGCAUAGAAGAGACUUUUUAUUUAUUCUAGAAUUGCAGAAAUGACCACACUGUGCUAUACCAGAGACUUCCAGUAGAAAGAAACUUAUAACUCUGUAGCCUCUUACAUCACCUUUAUUAUACAGCAUGAAAAAAGACUUUUUUUUAAUGACAAAAGUUGUUGCCUUCCUAAGAACCUUCUUUAAUAAACUCAUUUUAAAACUCUGAGUA